UAUGCAAUCUGCAGCCAAUCAGAGUGCACAGGUGAACAGAGGCAGGGCAUGCUGGAGACCACAAUACAGAGCCUGUGCCUGAGCCUGAGCUUUGAUCAGACAGGAGAAUACUGAACAGAGCAGUCAGACCUGUUUCCUGCUCUUCUGCCCUGUUAAACUUCCAUUACUGCGUGGACUGGGGGAAAAAAACAUCAUCAUAAACAGAGCAAGAAGACAUGAAGAGAAGACAUAGUCCGGCGUUACUCUACCCAGAUCAGGAGAUCAGUUAGUGAAUGCUUCUCGGGAACAUCCUUAUCAUUCAGUGACAUAGUUUGAAUGCCAAGCCAUACAGGAAUACAUUUGCAAGAUUCAUCUGGCCUCUCUGAUUUCUCCUUAAUUAUUCUGCAGUUCUAAGUAUAUGCAUAUUGUGGGGCAACAAGUCCUGGAGAGAGUCUAAGAGAAAGACAUAAUGUAUCUCUCUUAUCGAUCAUUGCCAACUAAACUUGAGAUUGUCCAAAGGAACUGGAAAGGAUUUGUCUAUGUUCUUCUGCUUUUCCUGACCAUCUCUGGUGGUGCUUCUGGGGUGUGUCCUUCAGCUUGCAUCUGUGCCAGUGAUAUUGUGAGCUGCACAAACAAAAACUUGUCUAUGGUACCCAGGACAAUAUUUAAAUUUAUUAGAAAACUGGAUUUAAGCUACAAUAAAAUUGGGUUUUUAGACCCAGACUGGUUCCCUGUCUUACUAGAUAAACUACAUACUUUGAUAUUAAAUAACAAUGCUGUUAGCAGUAUCUCUAGUGGCAGCUUCUCCACUAUAACAAAUGUGAGGCAUCUUGACUUGUCAUCAAAUAACCUAAAAUCACUGAGCAACCCCGUGUUUCAAGAACUUAAAAUGUUAGAGGUUCUGUUGCUUUACAACAAUCAGUUAACACAUAUAGAUGCUGGUGCAUUUGGAGGACUUCAUAAAUUGCAGAAGUUGUAUCUUGGCCGCAAUGCAUUGACACAUUUUCCCUUGGACCUCUAUUUUGGCCGAAGCAAGCUCACACAACUGGUGUUGCUGGACAUUUCCUACAAUAACUUGCAAACUGUGCCUGUCCCACAAAUCAGCUUAAUUUCAGCUAGGCAACUUAGUGGUAUUUUUCUUCAUGAAAACCCAUUUUCUUGUGAUUGCUCUUUAAAUUCAAUGCUAAACUUUUGGUACCAUAGACAUUUCAGCCCUAUUGUGGAUUUUAAAAAUGAUUAUGUCUGUGUUAUGCCCUCUGAUUCUAAGACCAAGACCAAACUACAUCUUAUUCAAGACCAUUUUCUGAAUUGUUCUGAGACUGCUGUUAAUGGAACUUUUCAUGCAUUUGGGCUUCUGUAUGAAGCUCAGGUUGGAGAAAGGCUGAUAGUUCAUUGUGACAGCAAAAUCAUAAACCCAAGCACAGAGUUUCUCUGGGUUACACCAGAGGAUAAAAUAUUGGAGCCUGAUAUCAAGUACAGUAAUUUACGUGUAUUCUACAAUGGGAGUCUAGAAAUUGAAAAUGCCCAAAUUGGAGAUUCUGGAAUAUAUUCUUGCAUUGCAAUGAACAAGGAAAGAUUGCUUAAUGAAACCAUAGACAUCAGAAUAACUAUAAGUAAUUUUACAAAUACCAGGUCUCAUGCCCAUGAAGCAUUUAACACAGCUUUCACUACACUGGCUGCUUGUGUUGUCAGCAUAGUGUUGGUACUUCUCUAUCUGUAUCUCACUCCCUGCAGAUGUUGCUGUAAAUCUAGAAAAAACAAAAGAAAACCCAACCAUAACAGUGCCCACUCAUCUAUCCUAAGUGCCACUCCAUCACACAAGCCUCUUGCUGAAAGAAAGUCCAGCACUGGAAAAAGGGUGGUGUUCCUGGAACCGCUGAAGGAAACAGAACAAGGCCAAAAUGGGAAAGUGCGACUGAUUGCCAGUGAUAAUCUCACUGCAGAAGGUAUUUUAAAGACCAGCAGGUCAAAGUCUGACUCAGAUUCUGUCAACUCUGUCUUUUCUGAUGCCCCUUUCACUGCAUCAGUGUAACAAUUCACCUGUUCCCUAUUCUGCAUCUACAAUACAUCUGCACACUUGACAUAAGUCAACAGCAACUCGUAUGUAUGUUUAUAUAACAAAAAAUGCCUUUGAUAAUGAAAUACCACUUAUUAUUAAGGGUAAAUGAAUGUACUAUCUCUCACUUGUGACAAGCACAUAACUAUAAAUUAAGAUUCAGGAAAUACCUUUACAAUAGAAAUGUAUAUCCUCUACCUUUGUUUACUACAUAAGCUAUCUUCCGUUAUAGGAAGGCCAAUUUGUAUUUUGCAUCUCUGGGAAUUGUUAACAAAGUUCCAUACUUGUAUUUACUUACAGCACAAUGGAUUUAAAUAUAUAUUCUCAUUUCUUGGCUUUAACAUAAUACAAAAACACUUUACAUACAGGAUUAUAAUUAUAGUAAGAAAAAUAUAAUUAGUGAGACUUGAUAUGUGCAUAUAUUAUUGAAGUAAAUGUGGAUCUCUAUAGGUAUAUAUCCAUAUCAUCCAUUGCGAGAAACCAACGCAUUGUUGACCAUUGUGUUAUUUGGUUUCUGUAUAGAUUACGGGGUUACAUAUAUGUUAUACCUGGAAUUUCUCCAUGUGUACCAUUUACAGGCCAUGCUCACUGAACAGUCUACAUUACAUCAAUUUUCAACUACUCAUAUAAACCUCUGUGUAAAUCAGUCAUUAAAUCUUUUUAAGAUGAAAAAGCCUCAUCAAUUUUCUUUAUAUCUGUCCAGUUUUGCUAAAGUAGCUUAUAUUUUCUUAUUCUUUCCUAAGUAUCAUUAGGUUUAGAUUGUUAGGACAAAAACAGACUUUGCCAUGCAAAGUAAAUAUAUGAAGCUAAAUGUUAGCAGUGGCUUAAAUGUAGAGAACACGGCAUCUUAUGUUUACGUAUACUGUAAAUGCUAAAAGAUGUUAAAAAUUGUUUCAAUUGUAACCGUAAAGAAUAUAUAUUAAUAUGACUUACCUCAUGCUGAAAUCCAUUAGCCAUUUUAAGCAGUUGUCUAAUUUAAUGUGUUGUACAUCAAAACAAAAUUCAUUAUUAUGUAAUCUGUAUAUUUGCACUGAUUUCAAUGACCAAGCCAAAAACUGGUUUUAUAAUUAACAUGUGAUUACUGAAUGACUGAAGAUCUAGGAGCAUCAUUAAAUGUUAUGCUGAUAUUUUACAUAUAGUUCUACCUGCAUAUACCUAUGUUUAGAAAUAAGAUGUAUGCUAGACUGUUGACUUUUAUUUAUGGACUAUUGAUUAGCUUUUAUCGAUACCCGUUCUAUGUUAAGAGAACUUGUAAUUGUCAGGUAGGUUUAUUACAAAUCAGUGUCACUGUUUGUUCUUGAAAUCCUCUUAAAAUAAAGUGGAGCUAGAUAGAAUACUCAUCAUUACAAAUAAUCCACCAAUGACAUUUACCACUGUACAAGAGUCAUGUUUUAAUUUAGUAAUGACUUAAUGCAAUACUUAUUGACAACGAACUGAACUAAACAAGAUAUUAUAUGUGAUAGUACCACAGUAAUACACUAAGUUGUCAGAUAUUGUGAGCAUAGGAUGUAGAAUCAAUGGUAUCAGAUGUUAAGUAGCCUGUCGUCAUAUAAAAUAAUUAAGUCAUUGGUAAGAUAUUAACCCUUUCUUUGAGCUCCAUCUUGCAUUCAAUGAGUUUAUCUGCACCUGUCAUUCAUAAAAUGGUUGUAUUAUUGGCAUUUUACUUCCUCUUUAAAUACAAGAUUAUUCUAAA